UUUUUGAAAGCGUGCAUUCGGUUUGUAUUUCAAAUAAAAAAUUGUUGAAAUUGUUUUUAUGUAAUUAUCUACAAGAUAAUUUUAAUAAAAUUUCUCUUCGAAUGAUUGAAUUGUAUUGAAUCGUCACAAUAAAUAGCCGAACAUCUGAAUAAAAAUCAAAGCAAAAUGGAUGACAAAAUUAUGCAAGCCAAAAUGGAUGAGCAUCUAUCGAAUACCAAAUGGGACAUUCGUGCUGCAUUGCAAAGAUUUGAAGAAACGGGCAUAAAAAUCGAUCGAAAAUUUCGUCGAGAUUUUAUCAAACAAACAACCGAUUGUGUGAUUGAUACAUGCGAACGAUAUUGGGACGAAUCCAAGCAGAAGAAAUCACGCAAAGAAAAAUCAGCGGAAAGAUUUAGCAUUGAGGCUGAAAGAAAAUGUUCAAAACAACAAAAAUCAACGAAAUAUAGUUCAAUUGAAAAUGUUACAAGCAAAGCAUGUGCAGAGAAGUAUAGUCCGUCACGACGAAAGCGUGAAAAAGAAGAGAAAAAUUUUGAUGACAGUAAACGCCGCAAAGUUAUCGAUGUGACAGAUUCAUGCGAGGUGUUGGACACGGACAAAAUAGUGGCUAGAGCUGAUACAAAGCAAGAGAAUUCUACAUGUUUGUUUUAUUGCGCGCAUUGCAUAGAUACAAAUGCAUCGGAAGAACUAACUGGCGGUAGUAUUGAAGAUGUUUACAAACAUUGGCAGACAUCGCACAUCGGUUCAACGCCGUCGAAACCAUUCCAAUUCUGUAUGGCUGAAAUUGCAGCAUGUCAAUGUGGUGACGCUAUUGGUACCUAUCGCGAAUUGGUAAAACAUCAACAAAAAUUGCAUUCGAAUGAAGUGCUUGCAUUCGUUCGCUACAAUGAUCGUAAGAAGUGUGGCAUUUGCUUGAAAUCGACCGAUGCACUGACCUAUCACUUUGAAAGUGAGCACAAAGCAAUCAUGCAGAGUGACAUGUUCAAUCCAAUGCAGUUUUCUGAUGAUACGCUUGAUAAAUUGAUGAAAAUCGACGUACACAAGUACAAGAAACGUCAGUGUGGACACUGUGAAAUGGUACUUGACACAGAGGAUGAGCUUGACGCACAUCAUUUAAUCGAACAUGAACACAAGAAGAAGAUUUCCAAACAACAUACCGACCACCAAAAUAUCUACUUAAUUUGUGGAUAUUGUCAAAUGAAAGUUAUUCGUGAUGAAUAUUUCGGCCAUGUCAAGUCACAUCCGUACGUAUUCAAGUGUUGGAAAUGUACAUAUGAAUCGAAAGAUCUGGCAAAUCUUGUGUUGCAUGAUAAAAAUAUGCAUGAAAGAGAUACGUUGGAAUACCAUUGCUCCCAGUUUCCGAACUGGAUAAAAACCCAUUUCAACAACUCGAAAAUUAUUUUUCCCAACGGUUUGGUGCUUCAUAAUUACAAUUUAGCAAACACCAAACUCGAUGACAGCAAAUUGUUUGAUGUGUUCAUCGAUAGUUUGGUGGAAUUAACGAAAAUCAAAGCAUUAUUGCUGAUAAAAGGCACAACAAGUGCUGAAUCGCCCAAAGAAGAUAGUGUCAAAUUUUCGCCAAUUGCACCAGAAGAGUCCGAUUUUCUAGCGACCGAGCUGGAUAAACAAAAUGAACUGGCCAACAAUUUGGUAAUACUGAAAUUACCACGAAUGACAAACAUGGAUUUGCGACAAAUGUUUUUGAAAUUGUGCGAUAAGCUCAAGGUGAACAUAUCAACAGAUGAUAUACAAGAAAUUUAUCGACGUACUCGUGAUGGACGUGACACAGCACACGAUUUCCGCGAGGGGCCAGACGAUACGAUUGUCUGCUUGAAAAGCUAUCAAUUGAAGGAGGAUAUUCGAUACGCUGCUCAAAAGCACACGGUCUUUUCGGGUGAUAUUUUCGAUCUGCAACCAAAUCAAUGGUCCAAGCCUAUCAAGAUUAUCUCGCACACCACACGAUAUUAUUCGGAAAUGCUUUCCAUUGCUAAAGCGGCCCGCAACGAUCGUGUCAUUCAUAAUUACGAAAUGAGCCAGCGUGGUGUUCACAUCAAACGCUCACCAACGAGCGAUGAUCGCAUCUUUAUUUCAAAGACAGAACUGUUGAACUUCAUCAACCGUACACGAAAUGAAUAAUCUCAAAUUGUAAUGUUACAAUUUAAAUUUCGUUAUUCUUCGUCAAUGACGAAUGAUAUGACGAAUCGUCAUAUCCAAACGAUUAUCAUUUAAAAAUAGAUGAAUUUCUAUCAUUAAAGGUUAAGUCUGUGUUUGGUUAUAAUAACCAAUUACAAGUAUGGUUAUUACUUACACUUUUAUCGAUUAUUAUAAUAUUCCAUUUUUGAAAUAAAACAACGAGUUUUUUGUUCAUUAAAUACAAUAAAAUUCAGAAAAUUGGUAAAACAUA